AUGGGCUCCGUUCAAGAUCCAUACCCCCCGGGCAUCCACGUUCCCUGCCUGACCUGGUUUAAGCCAGAUGCCACUCAAUCAAUUGAUUGGGAGUUGCAAGAAAGGCAUCUUGAAUUCCUGGUCCAGAGCGGACUACAUGGAAUCGUGAUUGCAGGGACAAACGGCGAAGCUGCAACUUUGACACCAGAAGAGAAAUCUAAGCUGGUGCGUCUUACACGUUCAACAGCCCAGAAACUGGGUCGAGGCGGCUUGCCCAUUACCUGCGGUACAUUUGGAGGAGGCACGCAGGCGAUUAUUGAAGAUACAAAGCUUGCAGCUGCAGCAGGAGCAGACUAUGCUCUAGUCCUGGUGCCGUCGUAUUUUCAUUUUGCGCUGGAUGCAGAUGCUAUUGUGGGAUUCUUUCAAGAGGUUGCGUCUGCUUCUCCGAUUCCAGUUAUGAUUUACAAUUUCCCCGGUGUGGCGGCUGGUCUUAAUGUGAACUCUGAAAUGUUGGAGACACUGGGUGAACACCCGAAUAUUGUUGCCGUUAAGCUUACAUGUGGAACUAUUGCUUCGGUUGCUAGAACGGCGGCGAAGUUUGGUCGGGCACUGGAUGAGGAACCUUCAUUUGUGGCUUUGGCUGGACAGAGUGAUUGGCUUGUACCAGCUUUGAGCGUGGGUGGUGCUGGUGCGAUUACUGGACUGGCAAAUCUAUACCCAAAGACUUGCAUUGAGAUUUUCAACUUGUACAAUUCAAGUCUUACUGCCGAGGCGGAACAACUGCAACUACAACUUGCUGUUGCUGAAUGGGGAUUUGGUAAAGGAGGCAUCAACGGAACAAAAUGGGUCGUUGCGAAAUCCUUGGGAUACCCAGAGGAGAGCUCAUGGUGCCGCCGGCCCUACCCUAAGUUCUUGGACGAGGAGAAGCGAUCAUGGAUUACGAAGCAAGUUAAGGGUCUAGAGGUAGUAGAGAAGAAGCUAGCAUGA